AUGAACACAACUACUCACACUACCGCACCCGCUGCACCAACCUUUACAUUUGACCAUACUCCUCACACUCUCUACGCAAGAGAAGAUAUAAACGCGAGUGCUGACCGCGUGAUCACUAUCACCACCAGUCUUGCUGGUGUAAUAAUUGCUAUAGUUGGUCUUAUCUUGGGAUACAUAUACUGGAAACAUCCAAAAAAGGCUUCAUUAAAGACACUUCCAAUGGAUAACCCUAGCCCACUUCCGCGAUCAGUGGAUGCCCGCCCUGUUCUGUGGCUCGCCUUUCCCAUGCAGUUCGUGAUGGCACCUGUGCGCCCCGCCCCUGCCGAGCGUGAAAGCGACCCAGAACUUGCUCGCGUGUCAACCAUCCACUCUGAGCCCGAGGAUGCUGUGGAGUUUGAGCCUGUCAGAUAG